CAGAGGAGAGGAUGCUUCUUUUCAACUGACUUGCUUCCUAUCAACACAGGAAUGUGCGUAAUUUUUGGGUUGACUGUUGGAACAAAAAAAAACUACUGUAUUCCCACACUGAAACUCAGUUUAAAGUAAAACCAGGAUUCAGCAUUUUUAAAAGCCUCUCUAAGCGUGCAUAUUUGCUGCAAAGACAAUGUAAAAAGAAUAGGGAGAAAACCUCCACCAGAGCAGAUUUGAUGCUGGGAAUAAACUGAAACUAGUGCAUCCACAUGGCAACAUGAGGGGGAGAACACCGUGUCCUCACACGUAUUCAUACAAGAGGAAAGAGAGUAGGGAUUGAGUGUGUGUGUGUGUGUGGGUAAAUGCAGAUGAUUCAGCUGAGAAAAGGUGAUGAAUGGCUUCAUUAAAACAGCAUUAGCAGAGGUGUGAACCCCGAAUGGUGAGUGAGAGCAAUUGUGCAUUGAUUGCCUUCGUCCAACAGACACAUGAACUUGUCACAACACUGAAAUUCUCCCUUUGAUGGCGGCACAUCCCGCCCACUAACCCGUCUCUGCACUCACUGAAGUUGCCGCAACUCAUUCAUUGGUGUUAACUAAAGUUCAAAAUGCUUCCUCCAGCUUUUAUAAAUAUCAGGAGACAGGCAAAAUCAUUUUCAAGAAACAACAGCAACGAUUAAAAAAUCUCCUUUAAUCAGAGCUACAUCACUCUGCAUCUCACACAAAGCUAACCAGCCCACAGCCAGGGGGAGGUGAGGAAACAGCAGUGACACCAUGGAAAAACCCAGGCGAAGAAAAGAAGGAAUAAAAGAGACAGAGGAGGAGAGUAAAUAAGGAGAACAGGAGAGCACAUCAAGAAAGAAAAUGAGAGAGAGAGAGGAGAGAGGGGAAAAAAACUGAAAAGAAAAAGGUCUUAAGGUUCGAAAUGGAAUCUAAGUGUGUGUGUCUAGUAACCUGAUUAGCCAGACCCUACAGGGGAGACAAAUCUACAUUAUUCUUCCUCAUUUUCUCUCUACUCCUCACAAACCCAGAAAAAUGGGGGCAAUUCAGUAACCCUAGCAACCAAGUCUGCCUACGUGCAGGGAGAAGCUGCUGAUGGAGGGGGAAGGAGAGAGGAAGCGGAGAAGAUGGGGAGUGAAAAAGGAUAACUCAAGUGCAUACUGUACUCACACACAAACUGAAUAGAGCAGAUGGAUGGCACAGUGUAUUAUAAGUGGGGUUUCAAUUAAUUUGUGCUUCCUCUUGCACAUUUUCCAAAUCUCUCCCUCCUCUUUCCUCCUGCUCUGUCCUGGCUUACUUUUUUCUCCUUCUGCUCUCUGGCCAUGUAUGAGAGCUGUUCAAACACAACCUGUUUCCUCUGGCCUCCCUCGGGAGUGUUACCCAACCUUUCUACUGUUGUGGUUUCUCUGCUUCCCUUCUUUUCUUCAUCCCUCCUAUUUAUUUACAGCUGGACGUCUAUCCUCCUAUUGAUUGUUUUACAGAGGAUAUGAGUGGGCUUUGUCUCUGCCCUGCUCAGGCUUUAUAUAGAUCCCUAUGUUCUUAACCAUGUUCUCACCAACACACACACACUCACACAAACAUCCUUUCAGAUGGUUGUGAAUCAGUGUCCGGUGCAGAACACGCUCACUCACACAAGCAGCCGAAAUGUGUCACAUGUGUUUAGAUCAAGAAGUGACGAAUAUUGGUUUCAGCGGCCGUAAGACGUGUGUCCAAAGCGUGUCGUAUUUCAUCCCUUCUGACAAACGCCGUCAAGAUAGCAAGAGAGUUUGAAGGAGACAGUAAAAGAUGGAGAAAGAAGGAGUGAGGAAAAACAAGAGUAUGUUUUCACAAAGGUCGGAUUGUUCAUGGGCCGUAGGCUGACGGAGAGAAAAAAGAUCGAAAAACAGGGAGAGAGAGAGGGAGAAGUGGAUUGACAGACCCAGAGUGUGUGAGGGGGGGGGUUGGCCAGAGCGCGGCUCUGCUUUCUACAUUUUUACACACUCUCACCGGUUGCUCUGCUGUUGCUGUGUGAGUGUAUGUCAGAUAAAGAAAGUGAAGGUUGAAUGAGGCACCCUAACAGGGGUCAGGGCCUCUGGAUCAACUCUUGGCUCAGGUCACACAUACACACACACACACACACACACACACACACACACACACACACACACACACACACACACACACACACACACACACACACACACACACACACACACACACACACACACACACACACACUCACACACACACACAUUCUGACAAAGGGUUGGGCUAUGUAACCUUUAGAGUUGUGCCUACUUCAAAUCGACAAUCCUUAUGAACAAAUUGUUCUGAAAUUUUACCAGUUCCGGAUUAAAAAUGUAAAAAAAAUCAGCAGCUUUUUAAUUUCUUAAAUCUAGAAGUCGAAUAUCUUUGUGAUUCUGUCGACUCUGAGAUACUUUGCCAGGUGUUAUCAUCUAUUUGCUGACUAUUUCAGACUUAAUGGAAUGUAAUAGAAAAUCAAUACAUAGAAGAAAGAAGCACUAGUAGUUACAACUCUUAUGGACUUCAAAUGCAAGAAUGUAAAAAAGGAAGAACUUUCAUAUACGUGAUUGUGUAAACUGGUUUUGAGAGAUGUUUUAAUAUCUUGGUAAUGAAAUAAAUUGAUUGAAGAAAAUGUAUCAAAGCACUUCUGUUACACUUAAUAGAAGAACCACAAUUUUACUCUCGACAAAGUGCACAUCAUUACAUGAUUACACAUGAACUGAUAUGCCAAAUCUAUGCACAUGCUUCUCCACUACUCUGCUCAUCAUGUUUAGUUUUGUUAGUGCACUUCUCAACACCUCGCACCACAUCAUUCUCACACAACCACAUACACAUACACACAACUGAUAUUACAGACUAACACACCCCCUACCUGUAGUUUUUGUUCGCUUGCUUUACUUUAAAUUGUAAAUGAAUGAAUUCACUUUUGUCAAUACACACUCCUCCCGUCCUUUUGUCAUGACCAUAGAGCUAGGUUAUGACAUUGUCAUCAUGAAACCAACUGUGUUAGUGACGUGUUACAGUUCACAAAAUGCAAAUAAACCCACAGUGGCAAUCCACAAAGUCUGCCAGGCAGGCGAGUGGGUCUACAUGAGUGUGCGUAUAUGUGAAUUUGUGUGUUUUUUGCAUAAAUUAUUAUGACACCAGCUUCAUCUUGUCUUGGAAAGGUCACUACAAGAGGCAGCCCAUUGAUUGCGCACCAUCAAGUACAUGUAGGUGCACACAUACACACACACACACACACUUCUUCUUUCUGACAGUGACAACACCUGAAGAAGGAGGGGAGAUUUCAACCAAUCCUAACACACCCCCAGUACUGGAGGCCUGGAGAAGGGGCGGCAACCUCUAAAGUGUUGAGAUUAGCCAACCAGGGCCAACUUAACAUCUGUUGCCCAAUCAGAGCAUCUGGAACAUCUGGCACCAAUGAAGAGCAGUCAUCUCCCAGCUGAACUCUGACCUUACCCACUUUACUUCACAGACUGACAAAUUUCUUUUCUUUUUUUUCCUUCUCCAGUCCUCUGGUUGUUUUCUUUAUCUCAGCGAUGAGCAGUUUGUUUGAAAUCUGAUAUGCUCUAUGUUGUUGUACAUCUCUACCUCUUCAUCUGCAUCUUAUGGUCAUAGCAGAAAUUCCUCUUUUAUCUCCCAGACAUUGACUGUAUCCAGACCGUAGGCGGGUGGUUGGCAGGCAUCUCAAUCCAAAUCGCAAAAACCCACCCACUAUCUUGUAAGCAAUGUCUGUUGAUGUGCGUGUUUGUCUGUGUGGAUGAUAUUGGUAAAUUUAACACUGUGUGCUUUCUCUCAGGUGUAGCGGCAGCACCGUGGUAAAUUGUGAUAUUGAAUUCUGAGGAAACAGAUAGGUAGAAGAGGAUUAGAAAAUCAAUGAGUGUUUUCGGCCAGUCGUGUCUGUUGCUGACACAGCAGAAGGCGACUGCUUCUGUGUACAGACUGCGCACACACCGGAGGGACAGUGGGACCCAGAUAUGGAACACACUGUUCAAUUGUGACUCAUCAAAGGGGAUGGAGGAUUCUCACCUACAGCGUGUCUUCAGUUCCUCUCGACUUGGAGCAGCAAAAACUGCUGACUACGAACUUAAAAAUCCUCACACAGAAUACUGUGCGUGUGUGAUGUGAAAGGCAGUCGACUCCUGUGCUCACACACAAAGCCAUGGGCUCAAACAGGAAGCUUCACACUCCCCUGUACAAUCACCAUGUGUGUUCCAGUCUGACUCCUUCACCUUAAACUCACACAAACAUCCUUCCUGGCUGAUUAUUUUUGGCUCCAUUUGCAUUUCUAGUGCCGCUCACUACACUCAUACAACCACACAGAUCAUAAUAGUGAAAAAUUAUGAGCGUUUUUCAAAUCUCAGCACUGUCAUUAAAUGUGUUUUUCCAUGACCCAAACAAGUUUAAUCCCCUAAAGAGAAAUAAAAUCUGGAAUGUCCCUUUUAAGAAGCUAAAAUUUGAGAUCUGUUCAAUUUUAUUUUCCUUCCAAAACAACUCAGAUCAAAAAAAUAUCUGAUCUUUUGGGUAUAACUUUGAAAUAAAUAAGACCAAUUAAUAAAUGAUGACAGCCUCACAUAUUGUUGGUUUAAAGGACUUGUGGUGGUCAGCACCACUGGACCUAAUCAAUAAAGUCCAACCCUAAUUGAGAAAGCCUUGUUAGAUAGAAGACCUAUAAACCAAAGACUCGACAAGCUACAGCUGAAAGAUUAUCUUAAAAACGUCCCACAUCCCUCCACUAGCAUUCGAUAUUUGCUGAUUUAAGGUCAGCUGCCAAAAUGAAUGCACAACACUCAUCUUUCUUUUAAUCCUUGUACUAUUUUACCAACUGUUGGUGAAUGAGACAACACAAUUUAUGCCAAAGCACUCCCAUGUGAUACCUCUCCUCUUGUUUAUCAAAUAUACAUCAAUCAAGCACAGUGCAUACACACAAAGAGAAAUAUUUAGCCCAAGCAACGAGCCUUGCACACACACAGAUUUAAACCCAUCGUCCUGCUUGCUGUGUCACCACCUUUCCUAUUGUGCGUGAGUGAAAGCAGCCAUUUAUCCUAAAUCAUAUGUUUCCCUGGCUCUCUUAUAAACAAGCAGCUUAGUAACGAACACGUAGGCAGGCAGACUCAUCAUCUGGUUCAUGGCCACAGGCGUUCAUCAUCUCUCCUUGUGGAGACCGAUCAACAUCAUAUCUGCAAGGCUGGAUCCGUUUAGACACCAGACUGGAAAAUUAUAACAGUCUGCAUGUGUUUGGAGAUAUAGUAAAGCAUGUGCAUACCUCUCUGUGUAAAAAUUCAGGAAAUUGAAAGGACUGACACCUCACUGUGUUUCCUAACAGACCCCAACAACACUGUUAUCAAGAAUCUUAUCAGUUGCAACAGUGAUAGCCACUCAUUAGCACUCCCAGGUGUUACAAACCUUGACAGAUGCUGACUCUAUGAGCCAAAAUGUUCUUGGAAAUGAAACAUCUGUCAAACGUAUUAAAAACUCAGCACUCCCCAAUUUUCCACUAAAAUGUUUCCCCCUUGCCUGAAUUAAAGCUUUCCAUUUAAAUAUUAUGUCAUCCUCUCUGACUGAGGGACUGUGAUAGCUGCUAGAAGUGCGCUGACUGGAUAAAUCCAACAGAGCCUGUAAUAGUGACACAGCUCAGAGCAGUUUGGAGUCUUUGGAGUAAAGUAGCUUUCCAACGAAGAACUCUGUGAACUACCAAUUGUAGGUGAUAAGCUCAUUCCUUAACUGUCUCAGCAGCACUACAUAUAACUAUUCACAUCUGUGUUAGAACAUUCCUAUCCUGGUUUAAACGUGUCUGUCUCACUUCUUCUGGCUAUAUUUCUUUUUCUCUCUCUCUUUCUGCCUCUGAAUCACUUUGCCUCUGUCUUUUAUACACACACAUUCAAGCUGUCAAACACACACCCUUUCUGAGGCAGUACGAACAUUCCUGCUUGCAUCAGCCAGAAUCCCAUAUCAGAGCAUCAGCAGCUCUGCUCAUGUGAAAAAAAAACAUGGACAAAGUGUGAAUGUAGGUGUGUGUGCGUUUAAAAAACAAUGUUUAUCUGACAUGUAUACCGGUUGGACAACUUAGUGCCUUCACCAUAACUUUGAAAGUUUUUCCACCUUAAAAACAAAAAUCCUCAAAAGCGCAAUAGUGUUACAUAUAAUGCAAAAUAACUAAAAAUUUCAUUUAAAUGCAACACAAUUGGUGCUAUUGUGCUGCUCUGGUGCUCCAUCUCAGGCCAGAAAUUGUCAGGGGAAUGCCUUCCAAAUAAUUAAAACAAAAGCGAGCAUCAUCGCCUUCUGGAGUAAUUUUUCAAGCCCUUGUCUCUGUGAAAUUGUGAAAUUCUGUGUGUGCAUCAUGCAUCUUUCUCUGCUGCAGCACAGCUUUCUGAAUUUAAGCCAUGGAGGGAUUUACAUUUAUUUCCACUAUGAUGCUGCAGUGUGGCCGCAGCAUGGAAGUAGACCUCCUGUUGCCUUUUUAAACUAAAGCAGAGACACUGGUUUGAUUCUGCAGCUGAAUGUAUGUCAAUUGUACAUUUCUUAAAGGUUUGGGGAAAUAAGACGGACCCCUGUUUGCAAACGCAGGGCCUCAGUGACAUAACCUGAAGAUGAUCAUGUGUUACUGCUUGAUACCCUCCAUUAGAGAAUCUCUAACUGCAGUGCACAAGGUAAUGACAGACUGUUUGUGUCUCUCUGGGAGGAUAGACUGCUGGGAAUGUCACUGCAGACACCUGGUAGACGCCUCCACCACACACACAUGGAAAGACGCACUCGUAUACACCUCAUAAAGCUAUGUGGACGCACAGGUUUUUCCUUUCAUCUGGUAAUUUCAGUUUGGGAAGAGCAUGAAUGGUAUGUGGAAAACAUGUGGACUGAGUAGGGAAAGAAGCUCCGCACACAGCUGUUCACCAGGGAGCAGUGAGGUAACUGACAGAAGGAAUCGAUGCAGAGGGUCGAUGAACAAACACUAAGUCCACGAGCUGACAAACACAGCAGACAGUCCUCAUAAUGCAGCACAGACACCAAACCUUGACACGGGCUGCCAAGCAGAAACAGCUCGUCUACCGGGGCUGUGAAACAACAACGCUGAUAAUGUCACUGUGGUGACAGCUGAAGGAGUACGCAGAGAGGCAGGUAAACAAGAGGAAGUGACAGAGAAGAGGUGGUAAACAUGUACACACAAGUGGCCAAUUGAAGGGAAUACUGGGAUGAGGAGGAAAAAGCCUACAUGCUGUACAGAAAACCCGUGAUUUGCAUUAAUAUUGUUCAAUAAUGAUAUAAUGUUGCAAACCAAUCUGCGUAGAAGCUUUUACUUUUCUGUGUCAAUUCAAUACUGUUCCUUUUGUCAGUCUCCUGUCUCUUCUCUACCAUCUGGGCUAGGUGACAGCUAGCUGGAGCUAUGAUGAUGUGGUGCAAUGAACACUUGGCACCAUAUUUUAACACUACGCUGUUUUUUCUUUUAAUUGAUUUCCCGUACUUAUGUAUUUGAGAAAAGAAAUUUCAGUUUGCCAACAUAGUUUCAAUCUAGGGUUGCACUCUGCACAUCCCUGCUGAGCUGCAGGUUGCCACAGAUCUACAGAAGCCUUGUAGGGCCAAGACUCAGAGGGCAGUCAUUUUGGAGACAUGAGAGGAUGGCUGUUUUUACAUGGACAUGAGAGGUGGUAUGAUAAGGCAGCCUGUUUUAUCUGAUGAUCAAGCUCUGCAGCGGCAGUGGAAACAUGCUGCUCAUGAAGAAGGCAAUAUCCUGUCCUCUCUCCUUUGCAACAUCCCUCUCCCUCCUUCCUGUCACCUCUGUGCUUCCCCUCUUCCCCCUCUGACUACAUAUGACCAACCUAGAUCUAUAGAUCUGAUAAACAACCACUGCCACUGAGUUGACACCAGCAGUAUCAAUACAAGGAGUCUACACACAUACACACAACACACACACACUGUUCAGCCAUCAAACAGUUAACAUCUGAACGCCCCACUCUAACCACUACAAUCUGCUCUCCCACCCCUGCUGCUCUCGGUGUCCUUGAUCAUCAGUAGAGGCAAAUCCCAAUGAGGUGUGAUCAAUAGACAAGCCUCUGCACAAAUUGAUCACUUAAUUGCAAUCUGCGUUGAAGCCAUAGGCUACACAUAGAGAAAGAAAGGCGUACACACAUAUUUGCAGCAUUUUUGCAGUGCACACCAGCAGUGAGCAGCACAGACACGCAGGAGACAGAGGGGGAGAGAAAACGCCCUGCCUUGUUCCAUGUCGAAACCCCAGCCCUGUGGGUAGUCCACACACACACAUACACACUCAUAUACUUACUCUCAUACAUACACUACCUCUAAGAUAACCUAUCUCAAGAGAGCAUAAAGAGGCAACAUCUGUGUAACAACUUGGUUUGUGAUCGGGUAUUUUUGUCUGUCUUUGUUGGACAUCUGUGUGCUGCGUUAAAGGCGAACGAUCACACGCUUGAAGCCACGCUGAUCACAAGGUUCAAUUUAUGAUUACAAUUAUUGAUGUCCUAUUGAUCUGCAUGUACGCACAAUGAACAUUAACAUCCAUGAAUGACUGAGGAGAAUACGGAGGAAAGCGUACCCUUUACGCCUGAUAGGAGAAGUGAGGGCACAGAAAACCAUGUUAUUAGCCGAGUCGAGGAAAACGGACCAAAGGACCAAAAUCACGGCAUAUAACUUUAGCAUAUCUCGUGGCAGAAAGUGUAAAAAGCUUUAAAAAAACUUUUACCUUUAACUUGAGUUUCAUAUUCGGCCACUAUCUCCUUGUCCUUUCGGAAUUUCGCUGGGGACGUCAUGGCUGAGUUUGGAGAUCAAACCACUUGCCCUCGGAGCGAAGUCAGUUUUGUAUCAAUCAAUCAAAAAGCCGCCACGGAACGAGGAAAUGCCACACUGGAACAGGGUUUGAAAAAGAGAAAGAGAGCCCAGAUAUAAGAGACUGCAGCUCCUCAGUGUGUCCGCGGAUCUGUAUUGUCUCCCUGCCUCUGUUCACUCCGGGCGCAUUGUGAGUUUGGCGCUGCUGCUGCUCCUGCUCCUGCUGUUGCUGUGUGUUCCCAUCCGCCGCCGCGCCUCACCGCCUCCUCAAAACCGGUUAUGGAGCAAACAACUUCAAGUGGAAGCUGAUUCAUUCCCACCUUAAAACACAGACAGGGGUAGCUUGUCAGUCAGCACUUCCGAAAGUUCUUUUUUCUUUCUUUUUCCUGCCCUGAGAGAGGGGUCUGUGUCAGUAAGUGCUGUCUGUCCGCCUGUCUGUGCUAAACUGCUCUCCUCCUCUUCACCCCUGAAGUGAGGGAGAGGAGGAACCAAGUGGAGAUGAAGGGGCUAAAACUGGUUGGUCCCUGUGCGCAGGCAUGAAGGCAUGGAUACAUUUGUGGUUUCAAUUCACUUCGCCAAUAUACUGGGUUUUUCUAUGUUUGUAUUAGCCAACCCGCAGUGACUUUCAUUGAAGUUAAUACAGGGAAUAAACUCAAAUAUGAGGGUAGAAAAUGUAUAUUAAAUCGCCAUUUUACUGUCUAGCCUUAUCAGCCUUCCAUAAAAAGUAGCAACAGACUUUCCUUCACACAAUAAUUCAUAAUCGUCAAGUAUUUGGUAAAAAGAGUUGCUGACAAUAUGCUAAAACGCCAAAAAAUGAUAGUAACUUCAGCUUUUGGUUGCUAACAACUUAUUCCACAACUUUAGGUGUCUUUACUCAGUUAAGUUUUAGUUUGACACAUUGAAAUAUCUUCCUCUUGUAUCCCCCUGACAAUAAUAUUAAACGAAAUGCACCUAUUUGCAUCUGAAACCGUUUCCUCAAUAUCAACAACCGUGUAUUUUAAACGUUUUUUGAGUUAGCAAGAGCUCAGAGAGAGCCCCGCCUAAUUUCAUAUGACGGAGUUGUACUUCCUACGCCACGAUUGGUCGAAUGGAUUUUGAAUGGCACGCCUUUACACCCGUCGGUUACCAGUUUUCACGACUCUGGGCGUUUCCUUUAAAAAUUGUAACCAAUCAAAUUAAGAGUUUGUGCAUCGGCGGCCAAUAAGCAUCGGUUACUAUGGAGUGUAUCCAAUCGGAGUCCAGUCUAGGGUCUUUUAAAGAUAGUUUCAGGAAGUGUCGUUAGACACCAGGAAGUUGUAAACAAAGCUGACAGCUAUUAAGUUAACUGUUAAUUUCAGCACGAAUGAAUGCUGAGCCAAGUGGGUAAACCGUGAAAAGGCUAGUCCCUCGUCGGUGUCGUGUAUUUUACAAUUACACUGCGUGUAUUUUUUGAAAUCCAAGUCGAGAAAACGCAUAAUCUUCCGCGGGUAUGUUUUAAGAAGCUAACGUUAGCUCCCAUCCGUUGUUAGGAAAAGGCUAACGUUAGAGGACGGUAGAGUCGGAUAUUACCAACCAGAACAACACGGAGAGUGAGUUACAUCAGUAUCUAAUCUUUUUUCCCAGCUACGUUUAUUUUCUGGAGGAAGAAACAACGAGAGAGUGGGUGUAUUUUAGCCGGACAACAAUGUCUACAUCCAACGCUAAUUUCAAAAACAAGUGUGUGACCCAGGUGAACUGCAUCUUCUGUGACAGCCUGCUCUGCACGAGAGGCAUGAAAGCUGUGCUCCUCGCAGACACCGAGGUAGAGCUGUUUUCCACUGAUAUACCCCCCAAUAGGUAAGUGCUGAUGUGGACUGGCCUUUGUUUAUGUCUUUGGUUAUAGUCAGGAUGACACCACUGAUCUAACUAAAACAGCACCACUCUUCUGGGAUGCAAAUGCUGCACAAUAUACAAUGAUUUCAAGGGUUAUGUGGUUGAAAGUAUAUUAAUAUUGGUUGUAUACAUUGAUUGCUAUGUUUGUUUCUUUUCACACGCACCCCUCCCCCCAAAGAACUGUUGACUUUGUGGCCAGCUGCUACUCCACUGAAAGCUGCAAAUGCAAACUGAGAGACAUCGCAUGUCUCAAGUGGUAUGUAAAGCUCCUCCGUAGCCUGCAGGGUUUGCUUAAGAAAGACCAUCUGCUAACGUGAGAUGUUCAUAGAAAGCACAGACACCACAGUUAGCACAGCAAACAAGUAUGUCCUCUCAAUAUUUCUGCUUAUAGGAAACAUAUUUAGCACAUCAUAUCCAAUCCGCUUUAUUUCUAUAGCACAUUUAAAAAAAACAUUCAAGUCUACUAAAGUGCUGCACAACAGAAUUAAAAGAACAGACAAUGCUGAAAACAUCAAGAUGAAAUAAGUAAAAGCAGGUAAAAAAAAACACUUAAAAUGAAAUAAAAAGACAAAAGCAUAAAAGAAAUAAAAGUGAUAAAAGGACCAUAAAGGACAUAACAAGGACAGAGAUCACACAACUUCAUGAAUAUUAUCAGAUGGACUAAUAUUUUGUUCCACAUAACACUGAAAAUGGAAAAAAAGCAUACUCUGUUUUUUCAAAUGUAAAGUCCUAAAGAUUACAUAAACAAUCAAAUAAAAUAUGGGGAAAAAAUCUUACUUCUGAACUGGUAUCAAAAAAUAUUUGGUGUCUGGACUCCAAAAACAUCCAGACUAUUAAUCCUUUUUCCAAGGUGUUACUAUGAAUAAGACAUGAGUUAUCGUCUCUAUAGUUUAUAAGGGUUUAAAUUUAAAUUGUUUUGUUUGGCAAGUAAAAGAGUUCAUUUUUAAUGAGGCUUCAUGGAGCCUCUUUUGUAUUCCAAUGCCUUUUGUUGUGGCAAGCAGGGUAAAAACAAACAACUGUCAGAUAAUAGACAGUCUCUAGUGGAGCUAGCAGUUUUCAGAAGUGCCCCCACUGAAGUGCUGACACAUGUUUCUUCUUUAUUCGCUCCCCCUCCCUCUCCUAGUGGUAAUGUUGUGGGCUAUCAUGUUGUGGCCCCCUGUAAACCCUGCCUGCUCUCCUGUAACAACGGCCAUUUCUGGAUGUUCAAUAGUGAUGCUGUUUCUACUCUGAACAGACUGGAUGCAACAGGUUGGUAUAACCCCCACCCCAAUCACAAAAGUCUGUUUUUUUUGGUGGGAUUUCUCUCCACCUGUAACAUGUUUUUCUUCUUUUACAACCAUGUUUUUUCUCUUGUGUUUUCACAGGUUUGAAUCUUCUGCUGUGGGGGGAUCUCCCUGAGUUGGAAGACAGUGAGAACGAAGAAUCGGAAAGCCCAUCAGAGGAGGAGUGUAUUAGGUAGAGAGGUGAAUGGACAAUGUGAGAGACUAGGAAUGCCAACAUUGGAGGAGUGGAGCUGGAAGAGUGUAUAAACCAUGUUUGUGAUAAGAGUGAAAUAUAGAAGCCUUAAAGGGUAAUUUAAUACUGACUUAAAAGGGCACAAAAGUGACACUGUACCUCUCCUCUAGACUUCAAAUCUUACACCUUGGUGCACAACUAGAAACACCCCAUCAGUGAUGUCCCUCUAGAACCAAUGAAGGAUGUCAGUUGUCACAUCACCAUAUGGGACAUGGCCCAAAACACAAAUUCUAAAUCCAGCAAACAGUGCACAACAUUUUUUGCCCUAUCUUAUAAAGUGUUGAAUUACCCUUUAAUUUGUGAUCAUGCCUUUCCCCAUCACUUUUUACUGUUAAAAGCACAGAUACACACACUCUGACCCAUCAUCCUUUAUCUCUUUUCCGCAUUAGUGUCUAUUUUCAUUGGCUGUGGUUAAAACAGUCUGAAAAUGAGAAACAACUAGACCACUUUAUCUGGUACGAUGUACUUGAUUUCGAUCAGCCUCAUGAGCAGUUGGUAGCGUGAUGGUGGAAUCUACCAGUGAAUGCUGUGCGUUUUCAAGCUGUAAACAUUUCAUUUUGUCAAGACAACCUCAAUUCGCCCACCGUUUUUUUUAAAUGCAGUUACUAUCUGUACGUUGAAUAUAUGAAAAGAAAAAAAAACACAAAACAAAAAAAAAAACACUCCCAUUAACAGUCAUGUCUUAGUGGCUAAUACUGUGUGGCUGAAUGCCGACUGAGGGUUGGAGUGCUUUUAGAAACCUACCUGUUAGGAAAAAAGCACAAUUACGGAAUGAUAUACUGUAUAUCUAUGAGUUUUGCUUUUUAAGGGCAGAUUUGAUUGAGGUUACCUUACAAUCGGGCAUUCUGUAAGUGAUACUUUUUUGAUAUGCUAACACAGUGUUUGUCACACGCUUAGCUGAAGUAGUACUUAUUUAACACCCAGAUGAAUCCAACUGUAGCAAUAUCUGAUACUAACUAUCUUCGGUAUAUUAAUAUAUAGCGUGUGCUUUCAUAAAGGUAUGAAGCAGCUGAAUUUUAAAGUUCAUGUAUUAAAAGCUCAAAUCAAUAGACGAAUUCCCAGAUUGUUGAUACUGGGAAGAUACAAUUGAAAUUACUGGUGGUAUUCUCCAUGUUUUAAAUCAUUCAUUAAACAAAAUUGUGUGGGGGGGAAAGUUCUCAACAGACAAUGUCCAGGUUCUGUUUUAGUAACUGUCUAGUUUUAUGUAGCAGCACAAUUGUAGCACCUAAAGAGAAGGAUAAAUUCAACUCCAAAGAAACAUUGGACAUACAAGUGUUGAACUUCAGACUUGCUACUCCUCUAAAAAAAGAUAAUUACCAGUAUGUCACAAAGGGCCUUUUUAUAAAGCAGCAUUUCCAUAACAUAUUCAAUCCUUUGCAUUCUGCAGGCCUUACUCGUGCUAUGGUCUCUAGGUAUGAGCCCUUUGUGCUAAGUUGUGGACUUUGGGUUAAUGCUGUGCAUUGCUUGAUCUUUACCAGCUGAUCGGUCCUUCUCUGAGUUUUUUUUUUUUUUUUUUUUUUCUUUUUUUUGGGCAGUGCCAUCCUCCUGUACUUAUUGUUUCACAGUCGUGCCCUGCAGAGAUACUCUGAUUCUGUCUGUCUCUUUGAGUUUGAAUGAGAUCUGUCUGUAUUUUUUGGCAAACCUUGUUGAAGAAGCUAACAAAAGAUGUUGCCUAUUAUCUGAGGAGUAAGAAUACAGGAAGAAAGUGGUUGUUUUAUCUCCAUUAGGUUGAUUAUAUUAAGUCUCUAUUUAUCAAUGCUUUAGCGUUCAGUUCUGGGAAAGUGCACACUGAAGUGGAAAAAAAAUGUCCAGAUUUUCACAUUUUUCACCUUUGAGGUAUAACUGACAGUCUGCUACACUUGCACACCAAAUACUGUCUAUGUGGUAAACUGAUAUAUUACAGAGCAUCAGCUAUAGGUAUUUAUUAAAUCAACAAACCAAAUAUCUAUAACCACAUACUUUGGUUUUUGUUUACAAGCUUUGUUUACUAAUGCAUCGGGUUAUAUGUAUUACAAUACUUUUAUGUUUUUCUUAUGUAUUUAAUAUUUCAUUUGUGACGUAGUGCUUUGUUUGUACGUUAAAAGAUUGGAUGUGUACAGUUUUACCUCAUGAAGGUAUCACUUGCGAGCUUCCUCUGGCUAGGACAAUUGUCAAAAGAUAAUCAAAAUAAUUAUUUAAAUGGCUGUUUCUGAUGUGAAUAAUUUUGAUUAACAUGCCCUGCUGAAAAAAAAAUGUAUAUUUUGGAAUUGCACUGAAACUGCAUUGGUAGUUUGAAAGGAUGAUUUGGUGUUUUGUAUGCUUGUUAAAUUAAUAAAGGUUUUUUUUUUCAGAAUAUAAUAAA